GCCAUGACCACAUCGGUGAUGGCAAAAAACCCAACUCUUCGUCUUUUACUAUCACUAUCAGCUCAAGCCUAGGUAGCUGCAUUUUCUCUCUCCAAAACCCAUUUCAUUUUUCUCUCCAAAAACCCAUCUUCUUCAAUCGCAGUUGGGUUUUCUUACAGCUUCUCCAAUGUCCUCUGUUCAGCCAUCUCCAUAUGGCUUCACUGAAACUUCCAUUCUAUCACGCGCCCGAGCCGCCUCCGAUUCUGUUUACGCCACUUUACGGCCAUGGCGGGAGCUUCUUCAGCCGUUAUCGUCUUUCACCCGCCCUUCAUCCAUUGGCGAGGCGACUAUUCGGUGUAAGCGUAAUCUCAAGUACUUCCGUGUUAAUUACACCUUCAUCGUUUUGCUCAUUCUCUUUUUCAGCCUCCUCUGGCACCCUGUUUCAUUGAUUGUGUUCUUGAUCGUGUUCGUUGCGUGGUUCUUCCUUUAUUUUUUCCGGGAUGAGCCAUUGGAGGUGUUUAAUCGUGUUGUUGAUGAUCGAGUUGUGUUGGCUCUGCUUGGAUUGGUCACAAUUGUUGCUUUGGUGUUGACGGAUGUGUUGUUGAACGUAUUGGUUUCGAUUUUGAUUGGGGUUUUUCUUGUUUUGAUACAUGCCGCCUUUAGGGUUACAGAUGAUUUGUAUAUUGAUGAGCAAGAAGUCGCCGAUGGAGGAUUGCUUUCGGUUGUCGGCAGUCCGACUCGUACAGGGUAUAGCCGAAUCUAGAAAUAUCAUUGGUUCAUUUGGCUAUGUUAUGAAAUAUGAAUGAUCCUCUCGCCUCAUCUAAUCCAAGUUCUUCGUGCUACAAUUCGAAAUUCGAACGAGCAUUAGAGAUCAAGCUUCUCUCUAGCCUUCACUUGGUGAUCUGGUUUGAUGUCACUGAUUGUUUCAGCGAUGAUUUUUUCAAUUACUCCUUAAAUUUUAGGGUUCUGCUUUUGUAAUGUUUGUUCAAAAUGUUUGAACGUGUAGUUUUAGUUGAUGGUAGCGAUAUACAGAGUUUUGCUAGGUUAAAUCCUGGAUUUUAUCCCAACACUACUCCUAUUUGGGUUUGAUUUUUAAGGAAGGGGGUUGCAAUAACUUUGGGUUUGGUGUGUUCUUUACUUUUGGAAAGAAGAAAUGGCAAAUAGUGAAUCUCAAUUUUGGUCUUAAAUGUUCUGUUAAGGUAUACAGGAUCUACCAUUUCAUGUAUUUUCUGUGGUGUUCUUUC